GACUAUUCUGCUGCCAGGUCACUCACAUUCCGGUGGUCCAUUCGCUUGGAUUUUCUUCUCCCUGCCGUGGACUUGAAAAGGCAGCCGCUGGUCUACUCCCCCUCAAAUUUCCAAAGCCUUGGCUUUCUUCUCCACCUCUAAGCAUGGUGUUGCGAGGUCACAGAGAUUUUGAUUGCGUCCUUAAUGGCCUCGGGCUUCCCAAGGCAUCGCCCUCUCUCUCUCUCGGAGAUCGUAAAGGGAAGCGUUCGUGAAAUGGAGGAGGAGCGUUGAAGGAGCGGAGGCGAGCAGGCGGAGCAGAGGAGAAGAAGAUGGAGAAGGAGAGGAUGCCCGGCGCCGUGUGGUUUGCGCUUAAGAAGUCGCUCCACUGCAAGCCCGACCGCUCCGAUGUGUACGACCCCAAGAGCAGGGGGAACGGCCAUCAUCAGCUGGGCAAUAUCCUCACCAGGAAGCCAGGCAGGUCCGGCUGCUCUAGAUCCAUAGCCAACCUCAAGGACGUCAUCCAUGGCAGCAAGAGGCACCUCGAGAAGCCCCCCAGCUGCAGCCCCCGGUCGAUCGGCAGCAGCGAGUUCCUCAACCCCAUCACCCACGAGGUCAUCCUCAGCAACUCCAGGUGCGAGCUCAGGAUCACCGGAGGCUUCGGCGCCUUCCCGGACGGCGAUCGCCGCCAUUCCUACGUGGGCACUCUCCGCCCGGGCACGCCCGGCCCUGGCUACCCUUCCUGCAGGGGCGGACCCAACACCACUCCUCUGAGGAAGUGCUUUGGGGAUUCCUCUGUUUCCAGCUCUGUACUGCUCGGCGAUGGGGGAGGAGGAGCUCACCAUGCUGCUGUUCUAGAACAGAGAUUCCCCCACGAAGCAGAGUCAACAGGGCAAGCGAAGAGGGCUUCCAGUGGGUUGACGUGCCACAAGUGCGGCGAGCAAUUUGGCAAGCUGGAAGCUUUGGAGUCGCACCACCUCUCCAAGCACGCAGUGACUGAGCUGGUGGAAGGCGACUCGUCGCGGAAGAUCGUGGAGAUCAUCUGCCGAGCGAGCUGGCUGAAGGCGGAGAGCAGCAGCAUCCGCAUCGACCGCGUCCUCAAGGUCCACAACACGCAGAAGACGCUCGCCGGCUUCGAGGAGUACCGCGAGGCGGUGAAGGCGAGGGCGAGCAAGCUGGCGAAGAAGCACCCGCGCUGCCUCGCCGACGGCAACGAGCUGCUGCGGUUCCACGGAACCACCAUCGCCUGCGGCCUCGGUGCCGGCGGCUCCUCCACCCUCUGUUCCUCCGACAAGUGCGACGUCUGCCGGAUCGUCCGCCACGGUUUCCCGUCGACCGGGAAGGAGGACGCGGCCAAGGGCGGCGGGGUGGGCGUGUUCACGACCUCCACCAGCGGCCGGGCCUUCGGGGCGAUCGACGACGCCGGCGAGGGGGACUCGGGCGGCGUCAAGAAGGCGUUGCUGGUGUGCAGGGUGAUCGCCGGGAGAGUCCACAGGCCGUUGGACAACUACCAGGAGCUGACGAGGCAGACCGGAUUCGACUCUGUGGCCGGAAAAGUGGGGCUCUACGCCAACAUCGAGGAGCUCUACCUGCUGAACCCGAGGGCUCUGCUUCCCUGCUUUGUGGUGAUCUGCAGAGCAUGAAGCCAUUAAUCGGUCAAAAUUUUUUCUGUUUUUUUUGUUCUCAAGGAUCAAUUCGAUCGGAAGAAGGUCACAGAAUCGUUGGAUUGUAGGCACGCAGUCAGAUUUGUAUUUAUUACUUGUCACUUUUCGCCAGAGAAAUCAAAACGGCAACGCUAUGCUUGUCCAGA